AUGGGCCGGUAUUGCUGCCCUUUCUUAUUUGGACAAGAUGACCUCGCCGAAAGGUACAUCAGCAUAUCAGAUUUGUGUCGUCAUCUCGACAGAUAUAUGGCCGAUACUUCUAAAGGCAACCAAAGCUCGGGCCAGGAACAGUGGAUUCAAAACGACGAGAAACGAGACGUUUUAAUAGAACAAUCGUUGCGCAAUACGAUUGCCGCAUUUGCCGCAAGGUGGCUACCAAUCACCUCUUCAGAUGACUCAGGAGGCAUCGAUACCCUGCACCAAAUCCAGACCAUGUGGUGGCAAGCUCGAAGAGACAUGCUGAGAAUUAUCAAUCGCCCCUCAUAUAGAUCGAUGUUGUCCCUUUUUCUCUUUGCUUUGACUCCAAUUCCGAUGGGUAUUUCGGAAGACGAGGAGAUGGAUGGUGUCUCUGGACAGGUUUGCAUCCACGCGGCUUUGCAACAAGUCCAGUCUCUUCGAGCCCGGCAGAGAAAUCUACAGUUCAGUGGCUCAAAAGUGUUUCCUUCAUCGAGUUCGACAGCAAUAUGUGCCACUCCAGAAGCUGCCGACACUUCUGGCUUUAUCAAUGCAGAAAACAUUGCGUACUGGGCGGCAAUCACAUUCGACACCUCAGCAUCCCUCACCCUCAAUUGCAGACCACUUCUUUCAUCAGGGCUCUUUGGGUUUGAGUCCGAAUUUACAUGGAAACUGGUUCGAACUUGCUUGAAUGUGUUUAAUGAAUCUUCAAAGAGUUGGCGCCUGGGCAGUGCUGAGAUGACAGAUGAAAGGGCUAACGAGAUUAUCGCAGCCGCCGCCUGCUGGAAGCUGUUGACUUGGAAAUUGGCUGCUAAUUUUAAAGAAGCUCUUCGGGAUGGUCACGACGAGCAUGAGGUUCGGAAGGCUCUUUCCUACGUUAGCAAUUCCGUCAAGGAGUUUGAUACUACAUUCCGUCCGUUUCUGGACGAAUGCUAUAAGCGCAUGCAGUUCCUUGGUCAACAAACAAAGCUUCGUUGGUUCUCACUGAUGCUUCAUUAUUCUCUAAGCAUAUUGAUGGUGCUGGAUACAAUAGAAGUCGUAGAUCGGUACGACUUGCUUGUUGACCUUAAAGAUGCUAGCAUUGAAGCAGAAAACACGGUUAUGAAUGCAUUGGCGUUUGGGCUUCAUAAUACCAUUACCUUGAGACGAAUCAUUGAUUCUCCUUUACCAGGUAUGCCUGGGAGGAGCGGAAUGACUCGUAGUAUGACAUUUACUGUUCCCCUCAUCGCCAUCGAUCCUUAUCCGCAUCAUGUGGUGGCAUGUGUGCAACUCAUGCGCAAAGCCAUUGACCGAGACUACAUGGAUAAGAAAAUCACACAGGAGUCAUAUGGUAGCUUAAGUUCAACUUUGGAAUCCGCGUUAAAACAUCUCCCCCAGAGUUCAAAAUCAGUCCAAGCAGCUCGAUAG